AAUUGUGAUGUCCCUUGAAAGGAAACAUAACAGUUUAUUUAUCGAUAUCUUGGAUUAUUAAGAAAUAUAUUGCUUUCCCAAUAUAGUUAAGGUAUCUACAUUCGUUAUAUAGGUUUUAUGAAAAUUUCCGCUGACAGUUAGUCCACUAGUCAUUCUGGAACAAUUCGUUAAUAACUUAUGAUUUAAAAUUUUUUUUAGAGGUUGCUACAUCUGUAUACUAUUUAAUCUCAAAAGUAACAGUUAAUGUAUAAGAGCGGUUCUUUAAAAUGCAAACUCUAGAUUUCUUAUACAUGUUUUAUAGAGAAAAUAGUUUAGAGUAUAGUUUAAUAUUCCUUAUUAAAAGUAGAAAAAAAUUCAAUUUGGCUAAUUGGAUAAAAUAUGAAUUACGGUGACUAUCCACAUCCAACACACCAAAAUAAAUUCGGUGGGAAAGUUCCACCAAAUCGACAUUGGAAUAGACAAGAUAAAUCACACCAACCUUAUCAAAGGAAGUCAUUUGAACAUAAGACUAAAUAUGAAAAAGAUCAAUUGAAACAUCCUACUGCGAACACUUUGGAAACAAAUUGCAGUUUAUACACAUCGAGUGCUUUUCCAUAUUUUCGUCAUCCUCGUGAAAUUGGAUCUUUUUCAAUGGAUGAGAAUAGAGAAUACUUAAACAAUAGAAGUCAAUUACGAUACUACAACGAAGCACAGGCAAAGUCAGGUACUUGUUAUGACUUGAAAGAGGGCUACGAUACUUUUAUAUCGAAAGAUGAAAAUUAUAAAGAAUAUUUAGAUAGCUUAUUGCAAUUUAUUACUUUGAAUGUGGAAAAAUUUAAAGCUGUCAAUCCUUUGAAUGAUAAAAGCCAAAAAGAAACUGAUAUAUGUACGGAUUUUGUAUGUUGGAGAGGACUAUUAACUAAAAUAUUAGGAACUCCUUAUUUGGAUCGUCAGCAAAAUUCUUGGAAGCUUGCUGUUAUUAAAUAUAGAAACUCGUAUUAUAUGUGUGAAUACGAUACUGAAGAAAGAAAGCGAGAAGCAGAGAAUAUGACUGAAAAGCAUAAAGCGAUGAGUUAUUGGGGAUGGAAGUUUGAAAACUGUGUGUUGAGUGACACAGAAGAUGGAGUACCUAAUGCGGAAGAGCCCGUAAACAAUAAUUUAUCAUUUGUUUCAGUUGUCAGAUCAAGAUUGGAAAAUCAUUCGUUAGUAUACGGAGGGGAAGUGGAUGGUUAUGAGAAAAAACCGGAUGGUUCUUGUCAAUACAUUGAACUGAAAACGAAUUUAGCCUUAAAAAAUAUUCACGUUGAAAAAGGAUUUAAAAGAGUUAAACAGUUAAAAAAUUGGCUACAAUCAUUCCUGCUGAAUAUUCCAAAGAUUGUUGUGGGUUUUCGUGAUGACAAUGGUAUAGUUGAUAAUCUUGAGAGUUUUGAGACUUCAAAAAUUCCAACUAUUCACGGAAAAAACUUUUGGGACGCUUGCGUUUGUUUUAAUUAUCUAAAAGAGUUUUUAGAUUGGGUUAAAAGUAUUGUUACUCACGACGCAGACGAAAUUAUAAGCAUGCCAUAUGUCUUUGAAUUUGUACCUCAUACUGGUAGAACUCAUUAUCGGAAAUGCUCAGAAGAAGAAAUGUCUCAAUACUGUUUUAUUCCUAAAUGGUACUUUGAAUUCGUUGAAAAUCAUUUUAAAUCUGAUGGAACAAACCUAUUAAAAUAUAGUCGAAAUUAUCAAGAAAACGAUCAAAGUUAGUUUAGCCAAAAACAAAAUAAAAACAAUAAUUUUUGAUUAUAUAAAUUAUACUAAUUCUUGAGAAAUUUUUGAAGAAGAUGCCCCUAAUCUUGAGUAAGAAGCAAAUCAAUUGAAUCCUUAUACUUCUCAAGGAAGAGAUGAAUUGAAUGAAAACACUUUAACAAGAAUAAAAGCAGAAGAUCUAUUAAAUAUUUUUGUAAAUAUACUGUAUAUAUAUAAAUUUAUGUAUACUUUUAUAUAUAUAUACUAAUAUAUGUAUAUGUUGUCGUUGUAUUAAAAGUUAAUUCAUACAAAUAGAUCCUAUUGUUUUUUUCAUAGAUUCUGUUAAUAUAUUGUAAAUAAAACUUUUAGUGUUAAAUAAGAUAAAAAGAACAUUUAUUAUUAUAUAAUACAUUACUGUAUUGCAAUAGUAAUCAUCAGAGUACUUGUGAAAACCUUAUAAGUUUAUAAAUUAAACUUGGUUUUUGUCUAUUAUUAUACUUUAGAUAUUAGCUACUGAUACAAGACAAGAUAUCGAAGGUUUACAAGUAUCCUAUAUAUAUAUAUAUAUAUAUACAAUAUAAUUUUAUUGAAAUUUAAUGACGAAGAUUAGAUAACGGCUUGCAGUUUUAAGAUUUUAGAGGGAAAAUUUAUCUUUUCAUUCGACUUUGUCAUUUAUUAUCUCAAUCUUUCUCUACAGUUGAACCAUAUAUGAGGCUAUAGUUAUUUAAAGAAUUUAUAUAAAAAUCUUAAGUUUAAAUAUCAAAAAUGCAGGGGAAACUUACAAGUUAAAUAAUAGAAAACAAAACAAAACGAAUUCACGGUCAGAGCAUUUUUAAAACAAGCAAUAAAAAACAGGUAUGGUAGACUAUUAAAUUUUCCCCUUACUUCUUUAAAAUACUAUUGUUCUUUCAGAUAAAUGUCGUUGAAUCUUUCAAAGAGAUAAAUAUUCAUAAAAACUGUCCAAAAUUUUUCAAUUUUUUAUGCAUAAAUCCAAUUGUUGAAAAGAAAAAAUCAAAUGAAAAGUCAUCUUAAAAGUUAACCAUUUCCAUAAAAAGAAACAUUUGAUCCAUCUCUAUUUAAAGGAGAGUUAUUACUACGGUAAAAUAUGAAGAUCUCUUUCGUUCUGAAGAGAGAAAAGAUGUGAGGUAUAUUGUAUAUAGUUCUUAUUGUUAUAUCCGAUUAUUUACCAAUUAUGCAUUGAAUUUAUACAUUAUCCAUAAAGAAACGGAGGCCAAACUAUUUAGAUUUCUUCUUUACCAGUUUACCAUGACCAAAAUAUUUAUUAAAUCUGUUUGCUUUCUUCUCUAACGAGAAAAACUUGAGGGAAAAAUGAAUAAUAUGCUUAAAAAGUAGGCUAAGACUUUUAAUGAGCUAGAUGAUAAAUUGACAAAGAAAGACGACCGUAAAACGAAUGAAAUUGAGAAGAAAUAUUGUUAUAUUACUAUUAAAUCCCUAUAUUCUUCUUCUUCCAAAACUAACCACAACAAAUGGAUAUUUUCAUGCAUAUAUAUCAUUUUCAUAUAUUUAUUGGUGUAUAGAAUAUUCUUUUCUUUGUCUAAAACACAACACCAAUCAAAAAUUUACAACACCAAACUAAUUUCUAAUUAGUACUAUGAUACUAUUACAACUUACUAUUACUAAUUCUACCAAUAAUACUAACACAUACUAUGAAACACAAACAAUCAAAAGGGAAAAGACAAUAGGUCUAAAUAUUGCAUAUAUAUAUAUAUAAUAUAAUAAUAUAUUCAAAAAUUUUGAACUUUUUUCAAAAUUAAACUAUUUCUUUUUUUGCUAAAAAGUUGUCUGCUCCUCUUUUUUUUCUUUUUGAAAAAAAAAUCAUUUUCUCUUUAUAUCAACAAGAAAUUUUUUGUAUUUUAUGUAUUUAUGACGUUGAUAUAUAAUAUAAAAUUAAUAAUUCAGUUUUCUCUCUCUCACCCUCUUUCCCUAUAUAGAUAUAUAUAUAUAUAUUAAUAUAUUUGGCACAUUUGAAAUUCUAAAGAGUUAUAUACUGUAUAUACUGUAUAUAUAUGUAUCUUUUCAAAGUUUGUUCCUUGUUUCUAAAUUAUCUAUCUUUCUUUCCUAUAUUUUUCUACAACCAAUUAGCUACAAAGAUAGAAAUAAGGAUAAAAUUGAAUGAAAUAUAUGAAAAAUUGAUUAAACUUGACUAUAAAACUGAUCUAUAUUAAUUUAAUCUAAAUUAAAAUUAAUUAUUAAUAAUUUCUAAUUAAUUUCGUGUAGGAACAUUUCUAAGAAUUAAAAUUAGUAUGCUAAUCUAAAUUCUAAUUCUAAGUUUAUAAUUAUCACAUUUUACUAGACAUUGAAAAUAAACAAUUCUAUUUGAAAGAAGAAGAAGAAAAAGAGGAAGAAAACAAAUUUCUUUGUUUUUUUUAAAAAAAAAAGCAUUACUUUUUCUCUCAAUUUCAAACGUUGAACGAUCGUUGUUUCCUUGUCAAUUUUUC